GCCAUUCCUUCGGUUCCGAAGUCGACUAACCGUUACCAGCCUCAUGUUUAAAUUCAAAUUGAAAAAUCCUCUCUCUUCCCAUGAAAGAAUCCGACUCUUCUUCACCUCUUUCUCUUCUUCUUCUACUUCUGCAGCAAUGCUUGAUUCCUUCGUGCACGAGCAAAAGUCCUUCUCAAAUCCACAGACCCGAUUCUCAGAAACCCAUUUCUUCCUAUUCGCUUUCGACCCAAAGCUCUUCAUUUCGGCUCUAUCGAACUGCCGAAGCCUCUCCCAAAUCAAACAAGUCCAUGCCCAAGCAACCCUGCUUGGAAGUAUAGAAAAUCUCGCUGUGGCAAACAAGCUCCUGUAUAUUUACACCCAAUCCAAAGCCAUCGACGAUGCACAUGCCUUCUUUGGUAGUAUGAAGGAGCGGGACCUCUUCUCUUGGAGCGUUAUGGCUGGAGGGUUCGCCAAGGUUGGGAAUUACGAGAAUUGUUUCAGAACUUUUCGAGAAGUUGUCCGUUUGGGCUUCCAUCCUGAUAGCUACACUCUGCCCAUUGUAUUACGGGCUUGUAGGAAUACAUUGAACCUUCGGAUGGGUCGAGAGAUUCACCACCUUGUUUACAAAGGUGGGUUGUUUUCGGAUGUUUUCAUAUCGGCUGCGCUCGUGGACAUGUAUGCGAAAUGUGGAGUCAUCGAUGAUGCUCGGCAUGUGUUUGAUAAAAUGCCGAAGAGGGAUAUGGUGACGUGGACAGUCAUGAUCGCUGCAUACGCGGACUACGGGAAUGCAAACAAGUCAUUGGUUUUGUUCAAAAGGAUGAUGGAAGAAGGGGUUGUCCCCGAUAAGGUGACGAUGGUGACCGUCGCUUAUGCUUGUGCGAAAUUAGGGGCUAUGCAUUCUGCUCAGCUUGUUCAUGAUUACGUGUUGAGGAGGAAAUUUUCUUUGGAUGUGAUUUUGGGAACGGCAAUGAUUGAUAUGUAUGCAAAAUGUGGGAGCAUCAAUGUCGCGAGGGAGAUUUUUGAUUCGAUGAAGGAAAAGAAUGUGAUUUCAUGGAGUGCAAUGAUAGCUGCAUAUGGGGAUCAUGGGUAUGGUAGGAAAGCUCUUGAUUUGUUUCCUAUGAUGUUACAAAGUGGGAUUUCUCCAAACCGGAUCACAUUCUUAUCUGCCCUAUCCGCGUGUAGCCAUGCGGGUUUGGUCAAUGAGGGUCAACAGUUCUUCUAUUCGAUGUCGGAAGAUUACGCAAUAGCACCUGAUGUGAAGCACUAUACUUGUAUGGUCGAUCUUCUUGGCCGAGCAGGGAGGCUUGAUGAGGCAUUGGAAUUGAUGGAUACGAUGACCGUCGAGAAAGAUGAGGGAUUGUGGGGUGCGUUAUUGGGUGCUUGUAGAAUACAUGGGAAUAUUGGUUUGGCAGAGAAGGCUGCCAAUUGCCUUCUCGAAUUGCAGCCCAGAAAUCCCGGUUACUAUGUUCUUCUUUCGAAUAUCUAUGCAAAUGCUGGCAGGUGGGAAGAUGUUGCCAAGGUGAGGGAUAUGAUGACCAACAGAGGAUUGAAGAAAACGCCCGGAUGGACGUGGAUUGAGAUCGAUAACAAGACCCAUCAGUUCAGUGUCGGAGACAGAAUCCAUCCCCAGUCAGAAGAGAUUUACAGGAUGUUGGAGAGCUUAAGAAAGAAAUUGGAGAUGGCCGGUUACAUUCCGGAUACAAAUUUCGUAUUACAUGAUGUGGAUGAGGAACUGAAGGUGGGGAUCUUGUACACCCAUAGUGAAAAAUUGGCGAUUUCAUUCGGUCUCAUCAGCACGCCCGAGGGGACAACGAUCAGGAUCACAAAGAACCUCAGGGUCUGCGGCGAUUGCCACACAUUUAGUAAAUUGGCAUCGGCUGUUGUGCAGAGAGAGAUCAUUGUUCGAGAUGCUAAUCGGUUUCACCACUUCAAGGACGGUUCUUGUUCGUGUGGGGACUAUUGGUAAUGGAUUUAUUUCAGAUUAAGGUAGUUAUAUACUCCCCACCUUGUACACUGCUAAAGGAUAUUUAGCUAAACUGAUAGAAAUUUAUGAGUUUUGCUAGCAUGACAUAUCAGUACAUGUGCCAAAGUGUGCCAUUUGUGUGAUAUCCAAGCUGUGAUCAGGCAGGCCCCGCUGUAUGUAUACCACAGCUGAAAUAUUGGGCCAGUCCACUCUUCAGGUGGGCUCCACUUGUACAGAAACAAUAGAUGCUCUAAGAAAAGGCCCACUGUGCACAUUCAGAGCAUAUGUGGCAUACCGUGAUGGGUGUACAAGCCUAGUUUUUCAGUCAGGGCAUGUAUACAGUGGGCCCUCCUAAUGAACAGCUUGGAUCUUACACAAUUUGAAACACAUUGGCAUGUGUAGCUCUAGGGCUAGCAAUUUUUAAUUCA